UAAAAUAAAUUAGUCAAUACACGGAAGAUAACUCUACGAGAAAACAUGGUAAAAAAUGGCAAUUACUUGUAGUCAGCUUGAAGACAAAUUUAGAUCCCAGCUUGGCGCCACACAUGUUGAUGUUGUGGACAUGUCCGAUGGCUGUGGGUCAAAGUUCAAAGCUAUAAUUGUAUCACCUCAAUUUGAAGGCAAACCAUUAUUACAAAGACACAGGUUAGUUAACUCUACUAUUGAAGAAGAAAUGAAAAUCAUACAUGCAUUUGAAAUGAAAACUUGGACGCCGGAGCAGUAUGAAAAACAGAAGAAUAAUGUUGGUUGACAAAACUUUUGUAGGACUGACUCCUUUGCUAUGACAGCUCCAAGUUUGACAUUUAUAGGAUGGCAGUAUCAACAACUUAGAAUAAAUAAUCAAUUACAAA